CGACAGAAAAAAAACACAGCAAAGUUUAACUCCCUUAAUGAACCAGAAAAUCAAGUUAUUUCUGGAUGUGCAUUACAUUUGGCUGGCUAACUCAUUGAUCCAGCUAUGCAGUAUACCACUAUGUUUCACAGAGUGAACCAACACACACACUCAAAGAACAAAAUACGUGCACGAUACCACAGGUGCGAGAUCUAUGGCUUGUCCCACAACAAAAAAGGACGCAUGUUUGAACCAGGUAUAAACAGGGACCUCUCACACAUCCUCCUGCUGAAGAUGUUGGACCUGAUGGCCACAGCCGCGGGAGGGAACGAGGUACUACCGGACCUGGAGGAGGCACUCGGGGUGAGGUCGGAGGUGGUGCGCCAGCUACCCCUCAACCAACGUGAACGCAAGGCAGGAUGCCGGAACUUCUAUUGGAAGACCUUCACAUCAUGUUAGCCCGCCUCCUCACCAUCACCAAGCAGCCCCUCUUCUUCCUGUUGGAUCAUUUAAAGACCUAUUUCUUACAAUGUCACACAUGUACUGUAAAAUGAUAGAUAUUUAAUGUUUUGCAUUGAUUAAGGUCUGGAAAAAAUCAAAUAAACUUAUUGUAAUGUU